AUGGCAGAUGCAAAAUAUUGCAGCAAGUGUCCUGAGGAUCAGCACCCAAACAAAAACCAGGAUUGGUGUAUCCCCAAAUAUAUAACCUAUUUGUCUUAUGAUGAUCCAUUGGGAAUCAUUUUGAUUUUCUCUGCUCUUGUCUUCACCCUGAUCACAGUUGUGGUGAUGUGGAGUUUCAUUCAGCACAAGAACACCCCCAUAAUCAAAGCCAAUAACUGGAACAUCACAUGCACCCUGCUCAUUUCUCUGUUGCUUUGCUUUCUGUGCUCUUUCUUAUUCAUUGGACGGUCUGAGAAAGUAACCUGCCUUCUCCGUCAAACUGUCUUUGGAAUCAUCUUCUCCCUUGCUGUUUCUUGUGUGUUGGCUAAAACCACCACUGUGGUUCUGGCCUUCAUGGCCACCAAGCCAGGAAAAAGGAUGAGGAAGUGGGUAGGGAAGAGGCUGGCAACGUCAGUCAUCAUCAUCUGUACUCUGAUUCAAACUGGCAUCUGUGCAGUGUGGCUGGCAACAUCUCCUCCCUUCCCAGAGUUUGACAUGCACUCCCAUAUUAGCCAGAUCAUUGUGCAAUGCAAUGAAGGAUCAACCCUCAUGUUUUAUACUGUCCUGGGCUACAUGGGGCUUCUGGCCAUUAUCAGCUUCACUGUGGCUUUCUUUGCCAGGAGGUUGCCUGAUUCUUUUAAUGAAGCCAAGCUCAUUACCUUCAGCAUGUUGAUUUUCUGCAGUGUUUGGUUAUCCUUUGUCCCAACCUACCUUAGCACCAAAGGGAAAUACAUGGUGGCUGUGGAGAUCUUUUCCAUCUUGGCUUCUAGUGGUGGAUUGCUGGCUUGCAUCUUCCUCCCUAAAUUUUACAUUAUUGUACUGAGGCCUGAACUGAAUACCAGGGAUCAGCUUGUAAGGAAAAAGGAUCAUGGUGUCUAG